AUGGAGGAGACCUCACCUCCCGUUGGGACCAUCAAGGAGAUCCUGAAGCGCUCUCGGUCCCGGAAGGACAGAAUGGAUAGAAAUGAAACGGGUGUGAGGCCUCAGUGUUGGGAGGUUCGGCAACAGGUGAUCCUGCCCACACCAGAGGAUGAGGAAACCGGUGCCAAAAUUCUGGAAGAGGCCCUGGGGGAUGAUAUUGAGACGUGUGUGGUCUCUUUUGAAGAUGGCUGUGACUCCAAAGUAGAGAAAGGGUCAAAAACUGAAGUGAUGGUUGGGCCCGAUUGUGUGAUUACUAUUGAAGAGGAAGAGGUGGACUUCAAGCAGGGGUCCCCGAAACCCGGUGUUGGGUCAGAGGAUGAUACGGAGGCAUGUGUGGUGUCUUCCCAAGACGAAGCUGAUCCCCAAGAAGAGGAGGAGACCCACCCGACGGUCAUAGGCGAAGGUAGCAUUGAGGACGUCGUGGAGCGACUCGAGGACACAGGCCUCCCCAGGCUGGAGAAGGCCAUCCAGACUGAAGUGACACUCAGGGACAUCCCCAAGGUCUGUGAGGUCUGUGUCCAGAAAGCGGCUGACUCCAAAGAAGAGGAGCCGACCGAAUUGGAGGUGGCAUCUGCGCAGAGUAACCAGGCCUGCGUGGCUUCCCCAGAGAAACCAGGGGAGCCGGAAGACAGGGCGACACACGUGGAGAGAAACGCAAAAGAGGCUUGUCACAAGCCAGAUUCAGAAGUCAAGGCCAAUGAGGGCAAAGCUCAGGAGGCCACCUUGGAAGAAGGUGGCAUUGUCAUGGAAACGGCUCGUCAGGGCUUCCGGUGGUUCCGCUACCAAGAAGCUGAGGGUCCGCGAAAUGCUUAUGGGCAGCUUCGGGAACUGUGCCGCCUCUGGCUGAAGCCGGAGAGCCGCAGCAAGGAGCAGAUGCUGGAGCUGCUUGUCCUGGAACAAUUUUUGGCAAUUUUACCUCAAGAGAUACAGAGCUGGGUUUGGCAGCAGCAUCCGGAGACGUGUGCGCAGGCGGUCGACCUGGUGGAGAACUUCCUAACAGGACUUUCUCUGCUUGAGAGGCACGGGAAAAAGGCACUGGUGACUUUUGAAGAGGUAGCCGAGUAUUUCUCCGAGGAAGAGUGGAAGCUCCUGGAUGAAAGGCAGCGGCAGAUCUACCAAGAGGUCAUGCUCGAGAAUUAUGGGAACGUUCGGUCACUGGGAUUUCCGAUUCGCAAACCAGACCUGAUCUUCAAGAUGGAGAGAGGCAGAAACCAGGAGCCAUGUUUGCAAAACCUUCAGGACUCUGCAGAAAGGACUCCGGCAAGGGUUGUGGGAGCUGCCGAGCUCUCGAGCGAGUCAGACUGCGAGGAGCGGCCGUCUUGGAAGGAGGAGGAUCUGACCGUCCCGAGGUCCCUGGGCCCCACUGAAUGCUGGGAUACCACAGGCAAAAGCCGCUCACCCAGCAGGGAUGGCCACAGGCCCCGUUGGCACCGGGCUGAGCCCCGCUUGGCCUGCCCCGACUGCGGCAAGACCUUCCCGUGGCAGUCCGCCCUGGCUCGGCACCGGCUCUCACACUCGGGGGAGAAGCCCUACCGCUGCUCCGACUGCCCCAAGAGCUUCGCCCAGCGCUCGAAGCUGUCCCGGCACCGGUGCCAGCACUCCGGGGAGCCUUCCUGCGAGUGCCCCGAGUGUGGGAAGUGCUUCUGCGACCGCUACAAGCUGGCCCGCCACCGGAAGAUCCACUCCGGGGAGCGGCCCUACCGCUGCGACGUGUGCGGGCGCGGCUUCUGCCUCAGCUCCAACCUGCGGCAGCAUCGGCGGGUGCACACGGGGGAGCGCCCCCACAGCUGCCCGGAGUGUGGCAGGUGCUUCAGCCGCCGCUCCAACCUCAUCCAGCACCUCCGGCGUACACACACGGGGGAGAAACCAUACAAGUGUCCGGAUUGCGGCAGGUGCUUUGGCCGGAGCUCCAACCUCAUUCAGCACCAGCGGGUCCACACAGGUGAGAAGCCCUACAGAUGCAACAUCUGUGGCAAGUCUUUCUCGCUCAGCUCCACCCUUAUCCAGCACCAGAUUAUCCAUACUGGAGAAAGGCCCUACAAAUGCCCCGACUGUGGUAAAUGCUUCAACCGCAACUCCAACCUGCUGAAUCACCGGCGAGUGCACACGGGGGAACGUCCUUUUGCCUGUCACAUUUGUGGUAAGAGAUUCUCCGAAAAUUCCUCCCUCACCCAGCACCAGCGGACACAUACCGGGGAGCGCCCCUUCCGGUGCAACGACUGUGGCAAAUCCUUUUCCCUUAGCUCCACUCUGAUCCAGCACCACGUCACGCACACCAGAGAAAAACCGUACGAGUGCCUGGACUGUGGCAAGGCCUUCGGACUCAGCUCCACCCUGUUGCGGCACCAGCGGCUGCACACGGGGGAGAAACCGUUUGAGUGCCGGGACUGUGGCAAGACUUUCGGCGUUAGUUCGCACUUCCUGCAGCACCGAAGGGUCCACACAGGGGAACGCCCAUUUCAGUGCCCGGAUUGUGGGCGUACGUUUAGCCAGAGGGCACAUCUGGUGCUCCAUGAGAAGGUUCACCGGAAUGGGACGGCCUCGCAUCCUCGUCACCAAACCCUAUAUAUCUGCAGCGACUGUGGCAAGAACUUCCAGCAGAGCUCACACCUGGUCCAGCAUCGGAAAGUCCACAUGGGAGAUGGGCCACGCCGAUGUGGAGAUUGUGGGCACGAGUUCUCCCAGAGUUCCAAGCUGUUAGAGCACCAGCGCAUUCGUGCUGGGGAGAGGCCCUACAAAGGCCCGAGCUGCAACACAGACGUUCGCCAGAGUUCGACUUGGAUGCAACACCAGCAUGUCCGCACUGCAGAGCUGCCAUAUGCCUGCCAAGACUGUGGGCAGCGCUUCCGAUACUUUUUGCAGUACACACAGCACCAGGAGGCGCGUGCCAGGAAAGAGUCCGCAGCAGUUGCCCAUCUUGUAGGAGAGGCAGCCAUCUUGGCGAUGGCCAACAAGAUGGUGCCUUUAACAGGGGAUGGGGCUCCAGGAGAAAUUUUAAUAGGGAAGGAUUCUUCAGUAGUGGAACAUGGGGAGUGAGUCAUGUGGCAUGAGCCUGGAGGGAACUGAAGUGGGGAUUUUGAGGAAAGGGGGCUGGAUUAUGGUGCAGAUGUGAGGAUGUUGGUUCAUCAUGUUGGUUUGCGGAAUGAAGGGGCAAAAGGCAGGGGGCCACGUGUUCCAUGAGUGGAGACAGACUUUCGAAUUGCAGAAGGGGCGAAUAAGGAAGUUUGGUUUAACAAAAUCUAGGCCCCUGUGGUAGAGGUAAAAUAAUACCUUUUCUUAGGAACAUUUUAAAUGAGUGGAAAAUUGAAGAGGAAAAUAUUCACCUCAACUCCUGGAAUGUUUCUACUUGUUUAUUUUCCUUAGGAACCUUAAUAUUAAGGUAUGAAUCCAAGAGUCACCAGAGAACAGGAAUAACUUUUCCUAAAUAUCUUGUCCAUCUGACCUACACCUAUUCUUUCAUAGCCUUAGUUGCUUUUUCUAGAGCAGUUUGAAACAUGAAAGCCUAAACUCAGAAGAGUGAUUCAGAGUCACCCCAUAGAAAAAAUGCUUCCUGUACCCAUGAUUUUCACCCCUUCUGUAGCUGUCCCAAAAUCAAGUUGAUUCCCCCUCAGAAACCAUCCUUCUUUCAAAUCCAUCUUUUCUUAUCAAAUACUGUUAUUCUUGCUGAAGACAUUCAUUCAAAGUUUUUCCCACCCAGCAUUUUCUUAAUAACCAAUUAUGCAUCCUGAGAUACGAGGAGGAAAUUUUUUCAUCAUUUCAUGGAGAUAGCCUUUGAUUUCUGUCCCUGCCACACUUUCCAAUUUUGCUGGAGAGAUUUCUUCCCUUUGAUAAUUUUUUUUUACAAAAAUCCCAGAAUUCUCAAUUCUGUUUAAUGGAUUACCCCACCUUCUGUUCUAUAACCCCCUCAUAGUCCUUUCUCCAUCUGUGGAUGACAAGUGAGUUCUUCAGCUAAUACUUCCUUCUUUGGAUCCUGAGGUGUAAAACCUUUGGCGUUUUCAAAAAGUUGUUUUUAGGGAAAACAAUCUUGGAAAAGCUGAGGGAAACCUUUUGCAGUAGUGAAUGGAAUUCUGAGCUCUUAAAGAAUAAUAGGUGUAUUAUGUCUAAUUUGGCUAGCACUUAUAUAUAGCACUAUUUCCUUUAGUAAUGAUAGAAAUAAAUGUGUUUUGUUUUGAUAAUCUGAAUACAGUUGAUUGGCCCCAUCCAACAAAAGUUAGUUGUCACUAACUAGGCAGAGUAGGCUUAAGAAUUCUGCAUAAGAUCAGGUUGCACAGUUGAUUUUUGGGGCUUCUUAUAUGUUUACAUAGAAUUUAGAUGCGUAUCCCACUGGAAGCCCUGGGACUGAGUGAGGUUUACUUCUGAGUAAACAUCCAUAGGAUUAGACUGUUCAUUAAGCAGUGGGGCAAAAGUUAAUCAGGUUUAAUCUGUUGUGUGGAUUUUAGUAGGAUUUAGGGAUGGGAUUGGUGCCGUUAAGUAAGCUGCAGAUACAUAUCUCAAUAUUGUGUUGACUCAAGAAAACAUUUUUUAGGACACACUAGAACAAUAAGUGAUUACUUUCCUUUUUAAAAAUACUGACAGGAACUUCAUUUUUCUCUUUGUAAUCUGUACUUGGAAGAGCUUCAGCAACUGAUUUUUGUCCUUCCAAGGGUAAUGAUAGUUCAUCGCUGCCUUCUCAAAAUUCUUUCAGUGCUCAUUUAGACAAGGAAAAAAGUAGCACCCAUAAGAAUGUUCUCUUCUUUCUUCAGCUGCUUGUUCUGUGCCAAAAUGGUGUUAACUCCUGCCCUUUUAAACCACCAGCAGCCUUGCAGAAGACAUACACAUAAUUUGUUUUGGAUAAAAGGGCUUUUCUUUUAUUCUUCAUCCCACCCUUGAGUGGCAGGCAAAAGGUUUUUAAAAAGGACAAUUCUUUUACUUCAAGCUUCUAGCUUGGUCUAAAGGAGAUAAGCCAGGAGGCAGGGGAAUGUCAUUCAAGGAAUUCUGAGAGAGAGCAUGGCUUUCCCUCUUCUCAGGGUGGUAACGGAUCCUAGUAGUUAGAGCAGUAGUUUCAGAGGCAUAGUUCUACAAUGGAAUUAACUAGGUUAAAAUUUUUCUCUCCAAGAGCUAGAGAUUAAUUUUUGGGUGUGCUUGGAAAGCAUUGAUGGGGUGAUGGUAAUAGAUGGGAUAACGACGAUUUAUAAUCCCGUGUACAUUUUCUUACCAUGCUGUUGUGAAUUUCAGGAGGUGGCAUUCAUAAGAAUCAAAGAAUCAAAAGGCUUGGAACUCACUGGUGGGUUUCAGGCAGGCUUUGAUUAUGGGAUGAGUAUGGGUUGUUGUUGCUGAAGCAUAGGUUGUCAUGCUGUCUGAACCCAGCUUCACUAACAAAUCAUGGCUUGUUUGCCAGAAACCCAUGGUAUGAGUUGUAAGGUAUGACUUGUUCAUCACAGUUUAUUAUCUUGGUUUAUUAUCACAGUUUAUUAGCUUGGCAACCCAUAGUUCAACAACAGCCCACAACAACCCUGGGUGUGGGUUAUCCUGGCAUCUAAAUCCAGCCUCCAUGUCUUCACAACUGAAAUGAAAAGUAUUCUCCAGCCUCCCUCAGGCUACCUGAGCAUUGAUAGUCAUGACACAUUUUGUGUGCGCGCUGCAAUGCUGCAACACUGUUCUUAAAACGCAUUCAAGGCGCAAUCCCAUGCAAGCUUAGACAAAAGGCCUACAAGUCCCAACAUGCCUCAGCCAAUCACACUGGAUAGAACUUGUAAAAGGCCAGCUAAGGCAUGGUGGGAGUUACAGGCCUUGUUUUUCAGCAUCUGUUUGCAUGGGGUUGUGCUAUUUCUAGUCUUGUGAGGUUUUUUUUAUUUAACCAAGUGUCAGCUGUAAAAAUUGCACAUAAUUCAGUGUCUAUCAACUAGCAUUUGUCUAUUAGAGAGCUGCACUUUUGGGACUUAAACAAAGGGGUGCAGCUAUUCUCCCAGGCUAGCUGUGGGGACAGGAAGGAACUUGCUAGAGGAAAAUGCGUCACUUGUGGACAGUGGGAAUGCUGGGGUGUCUUCACUGAUUUCUGAGCAAUAAAGCCAUUUUCAAGGAACUGGUGAAAAAAACCCAAGAGGAAGAACUCUCUGCUUCUAGCUCCCUAGAGACAUUCAUAGAUUAAGAAUGUAGCAUAAUUGAGAAAUCUCAUUCACCAUUUUGUGCCUCUUCCACUUGCUUGUAAUAAAAACACCUGGGCACACCUGG